AAUUUUGGCAACGCCACCGACUCGGGCUCGUCUUCUGCUUCCUCCUCUUCCUCGUCGUCGCCGUCGUCGUCCUCGCGGCCCGGCUGCCUCAGCUGGAUGGAAAGGCUGCCCGACAUUUGCGACACGAUGCGGUCAUGCACCGCCCGCGGGGCCCGGUGCAGUGAGUUUGAGCAGCUGGCGGGAGGCUGGGUGCGGCAGUACCUUCCGCCGGCGCAGUACGAGCAGGUGCGGCGCAGCUACCCUGGCCUCGGCGACCCCGACGCACGGCGCGGCAACCUCCUGCAGGACGUGGACCCCCACUUGCUGCGCUUGUCAAGCAGUCAAAAAGGCGAGAGCGGUGAAGACACCGUGAGCCAGGAAGACAGUGGGAGGAGCGGAAAGGGCGCGGGGGGUUGGCUUGCCCUGCUGCUUUUCUCUCUCUUGGUUGGUGUUCUGCUGUGA